CACUCCUCCACCUCUUGCUUCGUCAUUCCCGCAUCUCCCUCUUUCUUUCCUCUCUCUCUCUCUCUCGCAGACACAUCCAGUCUCCAGCCGGCGCCUCUCAAGAACCCUAAAAACCAUAACAUCUUCCCCGCACCGCCGCACCCUGACGAUUCCGAUCCCAAUCCCAAUCCAAAUCCGAAUCUGAGGCUUCUGAGGCGCUGGUUUCUUUCACUGCUUAUGAUGAUCUGCUUUCUUCUCAAUUUGGAGUAGAUCGAAACGGAUUCAAGUGCAGGAUGAUUUAUUGUCACAAUGAUGCUGUAAAGCAAUCAAAAUUUCUGAGAUUCAUGUACUGCUGCAACUGAUCAGUAAAAGUUUGGUAUAAAUUCCGUGGACGAAAUGGAUCGGCAUGAUACAUCAGGAUUUGUUAGUGGGGGUGGGAUGUACUCUCCCAGAGACAUCUAACUCUUAACUUGGUAGAUAAUUUUAUUUAGCCCAGAAGUUGGCAGACUGUUCUGUUGCAAUUCGAUUAGGUCUGUGUAUAUUAUUUUAGUUGUUACUUAAUGGACAAUAGGUUGCAGAGUCUGGGUUUUGCUGCAAAUGUUUCUUCAAAUGCCUUCAGAAUCUUGGGCAACUCCAUGGAAGUUGGAGGAGCUGGAGGUGAGUAUUCCACAGAUACUAUCUUACGGCUUAAUUCCCCUGGUUCUUCAAUGGCUCACAUGCCAAGCCCAAAAGGAACCAAACGAAAGUGGAGUUCGGUUGGUGGAUCUUUGACCCAGCAUGUUGGCUCUUCACUGGCGCUUGGGCUUGGCCGUUCAACGAGUUCCUCAGACAGCAAGGGGAGCUCAGCUACUGCUUGCACUACAAUGUCUUCAGCCAAAGAAACGGAUGAGGAGUCCUCAAUGGAUUUCGAAUUGGACUUUGCUCUUCAUCUUGGAAAUGAAAGGGUACCCAGCCCGAGGAAACCUGCUAAGAGUGCACUGGAACUGAUGCCCAAGGUUGACUUGGAGUUAAGUCUCUCCACUGGGCUGUCUGAAUCUGAAAUCACUUGCGUCAAUCCAAGCUCCACUUCGGCCCUUUCAGGCAGGGAGUUGCCAUUGGAUGCAGGUGGGGCCCAAAAUGUAGAUGAAGGAGCAACUUCAUUCCCCUGGAAGCGAAGGUUUGCCAUGCAACCAUUGCAGACUUCGUUCAACCCAGGGGCUAGCCUCCUCUUCAAUGAGGUUUCACAAAAGGUUGACUCAACUGCUGCUGUUCCAGAUCUCUCAUCAAGCAUGUUAACCACACCAAAUAGCUCAGUAACCUGUUCUUCUUCUGUUAUGACACAGAAACAACAGUCGCAGCGCAGCUCUAAUUCAAAGACAUGCCAGGUGGAAGGGUGUGGAAAGGGAGCCAGAGGUGCUUCGGGCCGUUGCAUAUCUCAUGGUGGUGGUAGGAGGUGUCAGAGAUCUGGCUGCCACAAGGGUGCUGAGGGCCGGACAGUGUACUGCAAGGCCCACGGUGGUGGUCGGAGAUGUGAAUUCCUUGGGUGCACAAAGAGUGCAGAAGGACGUACAGACUUUUGUAUUGCUCAUGGUGGUGGUCGGAGGUGCAGUGAAGAAGGUUGCACUCGAGCUGCCAGAGGGAAAUCAGGAUUGUGCAUCAGGCAUGGUGGUGGCAAGAGAUGUCAAAGAGAAAAUUGCACAAAGAGUGCCGAAGGUCUUUCGGGCCUUUGCAUAUCACAUGGAGGUGGCCGUCGAUGCCAAGCUGUAGGAUGCACAAAAGGGGCGCAAGGGAGCACAAUGUACUGCAAGGCUCAUGGUGGGGGGAAGCGGUGCACUGCUCCUGGUUGCACCAAGGGAGCUGAAGGGAGCACGCCCUAUUGCAAAGGCCAUGGUGGAGGGAAAAGGUGUGCAUUUGAAGGUGGUGGGCAUUGUACAAAGAGCGUGCAUGGUGGUACCAACUUCUGUGUAGCACAUGGGGGUGGCAAGCGAUGUGCCAUACCUGAGUGCACAAAGAGUGCAAGGGGACGAACUGACUACUGUGUCCGACAUGGUGGAGGAAAGAGAUGCAAGUCUGAAGGGUGUGGUAAGAGUGCACAAGGCAGCACUGACUUCUGUAAGGCACAUGGUGGAGGAAAGAGAUGCUCAUGGGGCCAUCCGGGAUCAGUUUAUGGCGUCCAAGCUAGCGCCCCUUGUAACUCAUUUGCAAGGGGGAAGACAGGCCUCUGUGCACUCCAUAGUGGUCUGGUUCAGGAUAAGAGGGUUCAUGGAGGUAUUACUUUGGGACCUAUGGUUCAAGACCCUAAACUUGGGAAGUCGGAGAAGAUGAAAGAAGUAGUCAUUGCUGACGACAUGAAUGUUGAUGUGAUGAAUAUCGUGAGUGGCAUAAGGACUUCAGCAACUGGAACUUAUUCUGACUUGAAACAUGGCGGUCAAUCUUCAGUCCCCACCCUCGUUCCUGAAGGCAGGGUGCAUGGGGGAAGUCUGAUGGCUCUGCUGGUGGGCGGCAGUUCAGAUGCCAACACAAACAGCAUGGGAAGCAAUUCAUCUGGGCCAAAGAAGUCCUACAUGAUGCAUCAGAACUGGAUGUAAGGCUAUUUCCUAUUUCCUCACCCUUGUUCUCUGAUUCGGUCUCGGUGGUUGGCAAGUGUUUUCAGAUGGUCAGCAUGUCUGUGUCCUUGUUUCUUAAUCGGGUUUAGUCCUUUGAUAUACAUUAGAAGUUGUUCUCAUUCAUUAGUUCGAAUGGUGAGAACCCAUUUAGUGCUUAAAAGAUGUUAGUGUAACAGUUUGUUACGGGUAUAUCAAGGUAGGGCAUAGUGUUACAAUUUGGAGUCAGGUGUUUGGUGUUCUUUCCUGUAAAUACGUAUGAAUGUCUGUCAGUCCAGCAGUUUGCUUGUGAAUACAGGUUAAGGUUAUACCGCCUGUAGCUUCUGUCAGUUCGUCAGACAUUCUGGUGCAGUAAAAGCCUUUUCUGAGAUCA